GUUUCUUAGGGUUUGCUCACAAGAGAAGUAUCGUACACAUGAGAAUUAAGUCACCUCUUGGGAUAAAAACUUUCCCGGUGACAGGAAGACCAAGUGGAUAAAGAGGAGACUCAUAUGGGAAACAAGGAUGACUGAUGACCACCAACUUGAGAAAAUAUGGUAAGAAGGAAGAACAGCCCCUUGUCUCCUAGAGGUUACACAUGGUUUCCUUCAUCAAAACUCCAAAAAUGUCAUUUCUUCUAAUAAGCUAUAUGAGAGCUGUCAAGAACGAAGAAGUUGCUAUAUCAUUGGAUGGGUCGUCAAAGAAGAGCCAGGCAGGGGAAGGCCUCACCUACUCAUGGGACAAGGUCAACGUGUUUGCCUCCACGACUCAGGGCAGCGGCAAGAAGGGGGUGACGCAGAAGCAUAUCCUCAAAGACAUGACGGGAAUAUGUCGCCCCGGGGAGCUGCUGGCCAUCAUGGGGGCGUCGGGUGCGGGCAAGACCACGCUGCUCAACGCUCUCACAUUCAGGAGCGACAAUGCCCUCAAGAUUACAGGUAAACUCUUCAUCAACGGCAGGAAGUUGAACGCCGACAUACUGACGAAGUCCUCGGCCUUUGUGCAGCAGGAGGACCUGUUCAUCGGCACCUUCACCGUCAGGGAGCAGCUAAUGUUCCAGGCCAACCUGAUGAUGGAUCGAGGUCUCACACAGAAGGAGAGAGUGGCAAGGGUGGAGGAGGUCAUGCAGGAGCUCAGCCUUACAAAGUGCGCCAAGACCCUCAUCGGAGUGCCGGGCCGCAUCAAAGGCAUCUCUGGGGGUGAGACCAAGAGGCUGGCCGUCGCCUGCGAGUUGCUGACCAACCCUUCUCUCCUGUUCCUUGACGAGCCCACCUCCGGCCUGGACUCCUUUAUGGCCCAGAGCGUGGUGCAGGCCAUGAAGACAUCAGCCAGCAAGGGCAAGACCGUCAUCUCCACCAUCCACCAGCCCAGCUCUGAGGUGUUCGCCCUCUUCGACCGUGUCCUGUUGAUGGGUGAGGGCCGCCUGGCAUACCUGGGCAACACUCAGGGGGCCAUGUCUUUCUUCAAGGAGUUGGGCCACGUCUGUCCCAAGACCUACAAUCCUGCUGACUUCUUCAUCACAACACUGGCGGUGGAGCCCGAGAGAGAGGAGGAGAGUCAUGCCUUUGUUCACUCCACGUGCGACACCUUCGCCGUCUCCAGCGAGGGCCUGGCAAUGGCACGUGCCGUGGAGGAGAACAUGCAAGGCACUGCCAAUGGGAACGACGGCUCAUGGUACCAGAUGAGCAAGAAAUCUGUGUCGCCGUACAAGGUUGGCUGGUGGCAGCAGUUCAGGGCGGUGCUGAAGAGGUCGGUGCUGGCCAACACUCGGGAGCCAAUAGUGCUGAAGACGAAGGUGCUCGAGAUGAUUAUGAUGUCACUGCUGGUGGGGGUCCUCUACCUGGACCAGGAGAUGACGCAGGAUGGAGUGGAUAACAUCAAUGGUGCAAUCUUCCUCAUACAAAUAGAAAUGUCCUUCACCAUAACCAUGGGAGUCAUCAGCGCAUUCUGUAUGGAACUUCCCAUCUUCCUCCGAGAACACUUCAAUGGCAUGUACCGAACUGACGUGUACUACCUCUCCAAGAACAUCGCAGAGUUCUCUUUUACCAUGGUUCUGCCCCUCAUCUUCCUCAGCAUCUCCUACUACAUGAUAGGUCUCUACGCCCCUGCCAAGAACUUCUUCAUCUGUUUAGGAAUCUUCAUAUUGGUGUUUAAUGCUGCUUCGGGCUUUGGUCUCAUGAUUUCCUGUCUGGCCAAGGACCUCAACAUGGCCCUUACAAUUUCCACCCCUAUGCUCGUGCCACUCAUGUUGCUUGGAGGCUUCUACAUCAGCGUGGAUUCCAUACCUGUCUACUUCAUCUGGAUCUACUACAUCUCUUGGUUCAGCUACGGCAAUGAGGCGCUGAUCGUAAACCAGUGGGCCGACGUGGAGGAGAUUAAGUGUCCGGACAAGGAAAUGUUCUGCAGAAAUAAUGGAACAGAUGUUAUUGAACAGUUUUCUUUCAACCCGAACAACCUUGGCUUCGACUGUGGCCUUCUCAUCGUCCUCAUCAUCGGCUUCCGGCUCUUAGGGUUCCUGCUGCUGCUGAACAAGACCCGAAGAAAGACCAUCAAGCAGAUAGAUUAAAGCAGGAAGCAGGUAAUGGGAGGGAGGGAGGGAAUGGGCUAUGUAUUGGAGGGAAGGAGGGUGUAAAUGAAGGGGUAGAAGAGAAACUGGAAAAAGAAAUUAGAAUGUCAAGUUGAAAGCAGUAAGUGGAGGAAAGAAAGGGAUAAAAAGACCAACAUAUAAGUAAAAAUUGUAUGGGAGGGAGAGCGUAAAUGAAUAGAUAGAAAAGAAGAUAAAAGAAAGAAAAAGAAAAAUAUACAGGUGAAAGCAGUGAGUGGAGGAAUGGAAAGGCGUAAAACAGACCAAAAUAUAAGUAAGAGGUGGAUAUUGGCAUUUUCUGAGUGAAAAAAACUGCGCGCUACACGCCGCAAAAUACAGGAUAUUUCAUUCAGGGGACAUCUGGGAACUCUUAUUUCAAAUGGAGGUAUUUUGGGUAUUGGUUUUGUACCAGUAACAAUAACCCCUAAACCUACCAAAACCCAACCAUCGGCGAAUAAGACGGUGUGAUUUUUCGAAUCAUAUUUUUUGAAAAAAAAGUGCGUCUUAUAUGGCGGGAAAUACAGUAUAUGAUUGUCAAGUAAAAAAAAAAAGUCAUCCUUGCAGUAUAAUUUUGUUCUGUUGAUAGAUUGCUGAGUUUUUGGUUUGUAUUCUGUGUUGCUUUCUUUUCCUUUUGUCUUAAUUAUUCUUAUAGUACACCCUUUAUUUUCUUAGUUUUGAU